ACACAGUGCAGUUACUCAAUGGAAAACAGAAAUUAAAACAUUAAAGACGAGGCGAGUGUGUGCGGGUCGUAGAGAUUAGAUCCGCCGUGCGAUAGAUGAUUAGAUCCACCAAGAGAUAAACUACACGCUAAUUAAGCGUCGUCACAUAGCCGUUUUAUUGGCUGUAACUUCUCUGCGUCUCCAUGUACCCGGCCUUCUGAUCGAUAGAUCGACAACGGCAGCGUCAGGGGGUCGAUAGAACACAAGCGCCGUGCGCGUGUAUUCAGAACCCACCAAUUGAUUGUGAAGGCAAUAUUUACUUAAGGAAAUCUUAUAAACAGUGCCGCGGAUUAGAAAUACCCAAGCAUUUCAAUAGCCCGGGGAACUUGAAAUAGCCUGGUAAACCCCGCGAGAUAAUCCGCUCCAGAUCUUGGAUAGCGGGGACACAGUUGCUGGAUUAACGGCAAUACACCAAAACAUUACGUGAACCAGCGACAUCAGCGCGCACCUGACGAGAGAGCUAUUCCAGAUAUAUCCAUGACAUCUCGAUGUAUUAAUGUCGUGUGGACAAGACGGACGUAGGAUAAUUAAUUAAAGAUCAAAUCGUGCUAAUUGAUGGGAUGUGACAGAUUCUUUUAGGACAGGUCAAGGCACUUUACAUAUAAAUAUCAAGUGAAACAGAAUUAGUACACGGAUUAUUGAUUAAUCUGGUGACGAGGAGAUCAGAAAGUUUAUUGAUUUGUGUGUGGCGGAUCCGACACAAUGUCAGUGAGUAAUGCUAACAUCCAAGCCCAGCUGACCCCCUCCACUCGCCUCCCCAAGAUCAAGGAGGACCAGGAGAGAGUUCUACAGUCCAACUUCUCCAGCAAUCGGAACCCCACUGACCUGGACCUAACCCUCAUAGCGGCAGAGGCAGGGCUUUCCGAAGAGGACGUCAAGCUGUGGUAUCAGCAUCGCCUGGCCUGCUGGCGCCAGCAACAGGGACUUCCCGCCAAUUCCCGAUCCAUCAUGGACUGAUGACGUCAUCGCGCGACUUUGCGAGAGUUUGUUCGGUGCUUCUCAGAGUUUAAAGUGUUUAAGGAUUUAUUGAACACUAAACAAGUGAAUAGUCAUGAUUUACAAACCCAGGGCUUAGCUUCUUCAGAAAAAAAAUAAACUCACCAUCCUAUGCGGAGAAAAUGGCAAAAGGAUUUAGGGCGUCAUCAUCUCAUUUAUCGUUUCCAUUUAGAUUAUUAUUUAUUUUUCCACAUGCCUCAUUGACAUACCACAGUCCCAUAUAUUAUGACGGUGAAUGUUAUAUGUAAAUGGAUCUGUUUUACGAGUUUUGAACUUUAUCGCUGUUACGCAAAUAGUAUUAUAAUUGUUGACUGUAAUGCUUUUGGAGAAUUGUGUAUGUACCUUUAUUAAACUUGUUGGCAAAGAGAA